AUGACUACUAAUGACAUCAAGCCAGCCGAGCCCCUCGAGAUCGAGGAUGCGCCGGUCAAGCCUCCCCCGGCGGUCGACAUCGACCGCAUGCUAGUCGACGACGACCGCGCCCCCGAGGCUCGCGGCGCCAUCGCCUACGCCAUCCCAAAGAGCUACUGGUACAGCUGGGAGUUCAUCGGCACGUUCGCCGCCAUCAUCAUGGCCAAGGAUGCCGGCAGCGGCGGCUUCAGCCUGGCCGCACCCGUCUUGGCCAGCAUCAACCAGGAGAUCGGCCCGGACCCGGACAUCACCUGGGUCUCGCUGUCGUGGACGCUGACGCAGGGCAUCUCGACCCUGGUCGUGGGGCGCAUGUCGGACGUCUUUGGCCGCCGCUGGAUCUUCAUCGUCGCCUCGCUACUCGGCACCGCGGGCGCCAUCUGGGCGUCGCAGGCCCAGUCCGUCAACCAGCUCAUCGGCGCCACCGUCAUGCUGGGGCUCGCGGGCGGCGUGCAGAUCAGCUACUUCUGGAUCAUCAGCGAGAUUGUGCCCAUGCGCUGGCGCUUCGCCGCCAACGCCACCAUCUACAUGUUCAGCUUCACCAGCUGGCUCGGCCCAAAGAUCUCGUACGACUUCUUUACCAAAACGGCGGUUGGCUGGCGCGGGGCCUACUACCUGCUCGUCGCCCUCAACGGCCUCUCCACCCUCCUCUUCUACUUCUGCUAUCACCCGCCCACCUUCAAGAUGCUGCACCGCCGCACCGCUCUGUUCCACCUCCUCAAGACGUUUGACUGGGCCGGCCUCGUCCUGUACACGGCGAGCUUCACGUGCUUCCUGAUCGGUCUGAACUGGGGCGGCGGGCGCUUCCCAUGGGCCAGCGCGGAGGUGCUGGGGACCAUGAUCAGCGGGCUCGGAGGCCUGGCAAUCUUCGUCGCGUACGAGAUCUGGCUACCUCGCCAGUUCAAAAGCAUCACCCCCUUUGUCGAGAUGCACUUCUUCACCAACAUCCCCCUCCUCGCCAUCACGGGCAUGACGUGCGUCGCCGGAUCCUCGUACUACGGCCUCGCAUCCGUGUGGCCCAACCUCGUCAACAACGUCUGGACGGGCCUCGGCCAGGGGCGGACGGGCGACAUGCUAAGCCUCUUCGUGCUUACCUACGUCUGGGCCCAGGUCGUCGGCGGCUUCAUUGCCCACUUCGCCGGCGCCAAGAAGCCCAUCGUCAUCUCCAUGUUCCUCGCGGCGCCGCUGCUCGGCUGCCUAGCCAUCGACCCGUUCAACAUGACGCUUACCAGCGUGCUGAUGGGCGUUGGCAGCUUCGCCCUGGGAAUCAUGGAGGGCGUCGCCCUGACCGCCACCACGUACCCGCUAAGGUCGCAGGACGAGAUUGGCAGCGCCGGCGGCGUCACGGGUACCAUCCGCCUGUUUGUGUCCACCGUCGCGACGGCCGUCUACAACACGGUCCUCCGAAACCGGCUGAACAGCACCAUCCCCGGCAACGUCGGGCCCGCCGCCGUCGCGGCCGGCCUGCCCGAGUCGUCCGUCGCCAAGUUGGUUGCGGUUCUCAGGGGCGGGUUGCCUCUGGACGACAACAGCGUUCCGGGACUCACCGCCGCGGUCGAGCAGGCGGCGAGGUUCGCGUACCGUGUUGCGUAUGCGAAGGCGUAUAGCACUCUUUUCCUGGUCUGUAUCGCGUUUACGGUUCCGGGGUGUCUGCUCUGUUGGUUCGUUGUCGAGCCGGACAAGAAGAAGGAGGCGUUUAUCGCUGGUCAUUUGCACAAGCGGACCGAUGAGAAGAGGUUGGAGCAGGACGACAACUAA